AUGACUUGCAACUUGGUGGAAUUUGAUAUUCUUUCCAAAACUAAGAAGUUCGGAGUUAUUUCUACUAUCUGUUUCUUUAACAGUGAGACUGAGCAUAUCGGCCUACUUGCACUGCACAUGGGCCAAAAUGGGCCUGUCAUAGGAGAAACUCUACAGAAAGGAAAGGAGAAAGGGUUCCUGCAGAAGGAAGAGGAGGGCAGAUUUGUUCUCAGAGAACUCAACAAAAAUCCAGUGGAAGGCUUUUCUGCAGGUUUAAUAGAUGACAAUGAUCUCUACCGAUGGGAAGUCCUUAUUAUUGGCCCUCCAGAUACACUUUAUGAAGGUGGUGUUUUUAAGGCUCAUCUUACUUUCCCAAAAGAUUAUCCCCUCCGACCUCCUAAAAUGAAAUUCAUUACAGAAAUCUGGCACCCAAAUGUUGAUAAAAAUGGUGAUGUGUGCAUUUCUAUUCUUCAUGAGCCUGGGGAAGAUAAGUAUGGUUAUGAAAAGCCAGAAGAACGCUGGCUCCCUAUCCACACAGUGGAAACCAUCAUGAUUAGUGUCAUUUCUAUGCUGGCAGACCCUAAUGGAGACUCACCUGCUAAUGUUGAUGCUGCGAAAGAAUGGAGGGAAGAUAGAAAUGGAGAAUUUAAAAGAAAAGUUGCCCGCUGUGUAAGAAAAAGCCAAGAGACUGCUUUUGAGUGACAUUUAUUUAGCAGCUAGUAACUUCACUUAUUUCAGGGUCUCCAAUUGAGAAACAUGGCACUGUUUUUCCUGCACUCUACCCACCUAUUGCUGGACUUCUGUUGUACAAGUUGGCAAACACUGGCUGGAACUGGGCUGCAAUAAAACAUGCCAGUUAUCAAUGCUGACAAGAGCCUAACAAGUGCCAACUUACAGAUGAUUACGCAUUUGGAAUUCUAAUGAACUGUUUUAACCUUCAGGAAGAAUUGUAAAGACCUGUACAUAGCACAACAUGAUCCGGAUAAUAUAUAUACUGUUCAUGUACAUCCACAAAUACACCUUGUACCAAAUAAUGCUUUCUUGUAGUAGAAUAAGAAUCGUGUAAAUUCUAAAAGAUUUUAGCAGGUUUUCUUUCCUAUUCAUUGUUUCUUAUCAGUUUAAAAGGAUUCCUUUAAGCAUGUCAGAUGAAAAGCAAUUAGGAUUAAAAGUUUCCAUUUAAUUUCCCUUAAACCAUUGAGGCUUCAUUAAACUCUUUUCACUUACUAAACUUUUGUAUCUUCUUUGUUUUGACACACUCCCCUUUGCUUUAUCUCUUAUCUGCCAGAAUGUUCUCAAAUGAUUUAGUUCCAAUACUGAAAUACUUAAUGAGCAAUUACUUGAUUUUUAAUGAUGACUUCGAAGGAGUCAUCACUAGGUGCUUUGUCCUUUUUAUAUUCUAGUUGCACCCACCUCUUGGAUUGGAUAUAGCAAUAACAUUUAUUGGCUGUUGUGAGCUCUUGAUCCCAGUCAUUACCCCCCAAGAACUACAAAUAGAUGGUUCUUAAUUCAACUUACGGAAAAUUUCCCCCAAACAAUAGCAAAUCUGACUUUUCCCCCUUCAGUUGCCCAGUAUUAAGGUUGGAUAAAUGAAGCAUGCACAGCUACAGGCUUUCUACCUAACUUCUGGGUUUGCUAUUACAAAUACUAUUUACUCUCAUACCCUUCUCCUUAGUCCUUCAUAUUUCUUUGCCUCUAUUCUUCUAUACUGCAGAUUUUUCUCACCUAUUGUACAAAGAAAUUGCGAUGUAUAUUUUCAUGUAAUUUGAUUUUGGAAUUCUGUCACCUUAUGUAGUGAGUUCUUCCAAAAUAUAAUUUUUUUUCAAUAA